AUGGCUUUCGGUGAUCGAGGCGGUCCCCGAGGCGGCGGUCGUGGAGGCGGUCGUGGAGGUGGCCGUGGGGGAUUUGGCGGUGAUCGCGGUGGUCGCGGUGGUGCCCGCGGUGGUGCCCGUGGCGGUGCUCGAGGCGGCCGCGGUGGUGGUGGCAGAGGAGGUGCUUUUGGCCGUGGAGGUCGCGGCGGUGGUCGCGGAGGUGCUGGACGCGGUGGUGCCCGGGGAGGCGCUGGGCAGAAGGGCGGCGCCAAGGUUAUCAUCGAGCCUCACCGUCACCCAGGAGUAUUCGUCGUCCGUGGUGGCAAGGAAGAUGGCAUUGCGACCCGAAACCUAACGCCCGGCGAGUCUGUCUACGGCGAAAAGCGUAUAUCUGUGGAUGAGACGGUAAAGAAUGACGACGGCACUUCCUCAACAACCAAGGUUGAGUACCGCAUGUGGAACCCUUUCCGAAGCAAGCUUUGUGCUGCCAUUGCUGGAGGUGCCGACGACAUCUACAUGCGCCCUGGAUCACGCGUCCUGUACCUUGGUGGUGCCUCUGGUACCUCCGUCUCGCACGUUGCCGACCUGGUUGGCCCGACCGGAUACGUCUACGCAGUCGAGUUCUCUUCCCGGUCUGGUCGUGACCUCAUCAGCAUGGCCUCGAAGCGACCCAACGUCGUUCCCAUUGUCGAAGAUGCCCGUCAGCCCGCUCGCUACCGCAUGAUUGUCCCCAUGGUAGACGUCAUCUUUGCCGAUGUUGCCCAGCCCGAUCAGGCCCGUAUCGUCGCCAUGAACGCCAACUGGUUCCUCAAGGUCGGCGGCGGCGUCCUCAUUUCCAUCAAGGCGAACUGUAUUGACAGCACUGCACCUCCUGCCGAGGUCUUCGCCAACGAAGUCCAAAAGAUGCGAGCCGAGUCCAUCAAGCCCAAGUUCCAGCUUACUCUAGAGCCUUUCGAACGUGAUCAUUGUUUGGUUGCCGGCGAAUACCAGCGCUACAAGUCGUAA